GGUCACAAAUCGGGCAUCGCUAAUUAUAACAAGCCUUCAUCCCCAUGUAGAUUUACGUCUUUGACGUGAUGUUUUUGGUUGCUAACAAAAAACGGAUCCACUAUGAAAUUAUGACGGCAUAAAAUGCUUAAAUUUCAGAUUUAGUGUUAUGCCCCAAUUUUAUAUAUUUUUUACAAUAUUUAGGCUAUAUUAGGUUGUAAACUAGCCUACUAUAAAUGUAUUUUAUGAGCGUAUUCUUGGUAUAUAUAAAAUGAAUCUAGGUAAAUAUCAGUAUCAAAUACAUGAUGUGUGCCCGUUAUCUCCACCCAUUUCCUGAGGUGUGAAGGAUGUCGGCGAAACGUACAGGGAGCAUACAGUAGCCCACCGCACCCACCACAUCAGCGGUACUGACUGAUUUCUGCUCACAUCGACUAUUGCUUUAUCUUCAGUCAUUCGGGGAAUCGGCACGUAAGCACGGACCGGUCGAUGGAAAAAGCGAGAAGAUGAUACUUUGAAGAGGGUGGACAUGGAAACCCGACGCUGAGUUCCUUUAAUUGUGACCAUAAGACACCAUGGCCAAACAGUAUGAUGUGCUGUUUAGACUCCUGCUUCUCGGAGACUCCGGUGUCGGCAAAACCUGUUUAUUAUGCAGAUUCACGGACAAUGAAUUUCAUCCCUCACACAUUUCCACAAUCGGUGUUGAUUUCAAAAUGAAGACCUUAGAAAUUGAUGGCAUUAAAGUACGAAUACAAAUAUGGGACACAGCAGGUCAGGAGAGAUAUCAGACCAUCACUAAGCAGUACUACAGAAGAGCACAGGGCAUUUUUCUGGUGUAUGACAUCACAAGUGAGCGCUCGUUCCAGCACAUCAUGAAGUGGGCCAGUGAUGUAGAUGAGUACGCCCCUGAGAAGGUGCAGAAGAUACUUGUUGGGAACAAGUCUGAUGAAGAACAGAAGAGACAAGUAGCUACAGAACAGGGAGAUAAGCUUGCCAAGGCUUAUGGAAUGGAUUUUUUUGAGACAAGUGCCUUUACCAACCACAACAUUACAGAGUCUUUCACCCGAUUGGCUGAAUUAGUCCUACAAGCCAAUAAGAAGGAUCUUGAUUUGUUGGGAGGAUCCAUGAAUGAUGAGUUCAAUCUGGCUGUUUUGGAGGAGCAGGAAGGGUUGUGUAAUGUUAGCGAUGACACCCGUAAGUCCUGCUGGUGCUGAGGACAGGAAGUGACAUUUUUCAGUUGAUUUCCAUAUUUAUGUUGCAUUUUACAAUUUGAUUUUUUUUUUCUUUCAGUUAAAAAAAAAGGUGAUAAAAACGGCACUUCAGUGCAACUGUACAUUAUUUAUUCAAGCCACACAUUCAGAGUCACUCUUAAGUUAUCUUAUUUAUAUAUAUAUAUAUAUAUAUAUAUAUAUAUAUAUAUAUAUAUAUAUAUAUAUAUAUAUAUAUAUAUAUAUAUAUAUAUAUAUAUAUAUAUAUAUAUAUAUAUAUAUAUAUAUAUAUAUAUAUAUAUAUAAAGAAAAAGUUGAUUCAAGUGUGAGACGUCAUUGACGGGAUUUAUUUAACAUGGUUGUAUGGCUGGAACGCCCAUGUUAACAUGUAAUAUUUGUUCUUGUGUUAUGCUGUGGGACUUCAUGUGAAUAUUUCCAGAUCUGAUUUGGCUUUCUCUAAAAUUCUCUAAAACCUUGAAUGCUUCUACUUGACCUUCAUUGAAUGCUCUUUCAAGGUAAUAAAUUUAUUCUCAAGUUAUUAAUUGAUGAAGCUACAGUUUCUCAUGUCAGUGUAAUAAUAUAAGCUUCUUUUCUGUAAAAGCAUAGUAAAAAAUAUUGUCACUAAUUAUGCUGCUUACCCAUUUUGGUCCACUGUGAUUGCGAAUGAAAGCAAGGGUUUUUAUCUCAUUAAUCUGAGGUUAUUGUAGUAAAAUAUUAUCAUUUAAUAUGGUAUUUAUACCAAUAUUACAUCAAGCACUUUUGUUAUCAAUAAUCACUAUUUAGCUGAUUAGAAUAGUUGGAAUGUUUAAGAACUUUUACUCUAACGGAUUCUGGUUUAACUUUCAUCACAGCACGCCAAACAAUAAUCAACGUCUCACCCAUCCCAACUUGUAUGAAAUUUAUGCAGAAUGAUACGUUGUGAUUCCCAGCAUUAAUGCUGGUGUGCAUCGCUGCAAUGACAUGGGUUGUAUUGCUAAUGAUUCAAUGUAUAUUACACUAUUGCAGCAUUUAUAUGUGCAAGUGGUAUUGUACUAUGUUGAUUUAAAUGAACUCUUAUAAUGCUGAAAUGUUUACCUGUGUUAUCUGAAAACUUGUUUCAUGAAAUAUGUCCAAAAACAAUUAGAGAGAUUUAAAUACGUAUGUGGUUAUUUAUUAAACUGUAAUAUUGUGAUUCUGUUUAGAGGGUCAAAUAUUUACGAAUAAACAUUUCAUUAUGAAAA